GUACUCAGGGUCUGAUGAUGGAGCCAGAUGGUGGUCACCGGUACCAGUGAUCCAUGUAACUAAACCACUUCGUGUUUUUUAAUGUUACACACAUAUGCGAGUUGUUUUUUUAUGUCACUAAUUAUUUUUAUUGCAGUGUUACACUAUUGCGAGAUAUGGCCAAAGUAAAAAACAGGUACCCUUGUCUCAGGAAACGUAAGAGACGGAAUGAGAUAGCCGUUCAAAAAGCACGAGAAGCUCUUGCUGCUCGCAGAAAAGAGCUAUCGAAAUUACUUAACAAUGAUGCUUCUACUUCAGGGACUAACAUGGAAAAAAUCGGUACAUUUGAUAAAGAAGUUAAUAAAGAAAACACCUAUUUUGAGACCGGCAAGAAUGAUGGAUUUGUUGAAUCAAAUGAUGAUUUUACGAUACAAGUUGAAGGUUCUCCUGCUUCUUGUGACGAAAAUAAGGAAGCUAAUAAAGAAAACAUCUAUUGUCAGAUUGGCAGGAAUGAUGCAUCUGUUGCAACCGAUGAAGUUUUAACGAUACAAUUUGAAGGCUCUCCUGCUUCAUGUGAUGAAAAUGAGAAACUUAAUAAUGAAAACGCCUUUUGUGAGACCGGCAUAAAUAUUGCAUCUGAUGAAUCAAACGAUGCGUAUACAAUACAGGUUGAAAAUUCUGCUUCAUGUGAUGAAAAUAAGAUAAACCCUGAAAUUCAAGGGAGGAGGAUAAUCGAUUUUCGUUUCUUCAUGGAGCAGUUAUACACCAUAGAUGAGCAUAGUGAAAGAUUUGGCUGUAGAUUCAGUCACAUUAAAAUAUUAAAAGAAAAACAGGUGUUCCCAAAAUUGCAGUACAAGCCGAUGCAUGUUGGAGCAAACGGUCGUAUAAAUCAAACUAUUCCGCAUUAUCUGGAGUUGCGGCUAUCAUUGGAGAACGAUCAGGAAAGGUUCUUCAUAUAG